AUGUCUGCGCAGCCGCCACCUGGCCAGAUGCCUCCGGGCAUGCAGCGCCCAACCCCUGAGCAGAUCGCCGAGAUCCAGCGCAGGGUGGCAGAGGACGCGCAAAAGGCGGGCAUGACUGUGCCCGAGUUUAUCGAACACAUCAAGCGCCAGGCCAUGGAGCAGCAGCGCAUGCGCAUGCAGCAGCAUCAGCAGCAUGACCACGACCACGACCACGACUGCGACCACGACCACGACCACGACCACGACCAUGACUACGGCCAUGAUCACGACUGCGACCACGACCACGACCAUGAUCACGACCAUGAUCAUGACCACGAACACGAACACGGCCCCAACUGCAACCACGACCACCAUCACUCUCAGUCGCAGCCCAUCACCCCCGGUCCCCCCAACCCCAAGGCCAUCGCUGUCGCCAAGUUCCUCAGGGGCCAGGACCUGAAGCCGCGCACAAGCAUCCUGAACGGAGAGCGCAAGGACAUGUUCAAGGUCAAGCGCGCCCUGCGGGCCCUGCAGUCGCCCGCUUACGAGAAGGCGCGCAAGAAGAACCCGCUGUUGCCCGAGAUCAACGACCGCGCCUCUCUUGAGAACACGUUCAAGCUGCUCCCGCUGAGCAUGCUCGCCCUGCGUGUCAGCAAAAUCGAGUCGGACUCGAGCAAAAAGGCCAAGCGUGUCAAGGGCCAAUGGAACGUCCGCAUCGAGCAGCAGCAGGAGGCCAAAGAAGAAAUGUACUACGCCUGGCUGUGGGAGGGCAGCCAGAUCAAGCGCCAGCUGUACGCCGCUCUCGCCCUCCUCAUCAUUUUCAUCAUUGUCCUGUACCCGCUCUGGCCGUUGAAGCUCCGCCAAGGAGUCUACUACCUCAGCUGGGGCCUGCUGGGCCUGCUGGGCCUCUUCUUUCUCAUGGCCAUCUUCCGUGUCAUCCUCUUCUGCAUCACGUACUUUGCCGUCCCGCCCGGCUUUUGGCUCUAUCCCAAUCUGUGGGAAGAUGUCUCUUUUAUGGACAGCUUCAGACCCGUCUGGGCUUGGCACGAGACGGCCGAGGAGAAGAAGUUGAAGAAAAAGUCAAAGAAGAAGUCAAAGACAGCUGCCUCUGGCGCCGGCACGAAUGCCACCUUUGCCGCAGCCACAGGCCAGGUGGCGCCCACGACGGCUACGACUACCGGCACGGACACACAGAUCCAGACGGGCGACAUGCACCAGCGACACUACACGGCGCCCAAGGUGGAGGAGGAGCCGGGCGACGACGAGUAG